UGUGUGUGUUGGUGUGUGUGUGAUGGGUGUGAGUGUGUUUGUGCGAAUGUGCAUGCGAGUGUGUGUUUUGUGUUUGUGUGUGAGAGUGGUGUAUGUGUCUGUGUGUGAGUGAUGCUCACCCUGCCUGUGGGAAAAGGAGGUUUUCCUGGUGCUCCAUGAGGUUCCUGGCCGAGAGAUUGGAAGUCUGGGGCUGCUUUGGGGGUGAGAAGCUGGGAGGCACCGCUGGAUGGAGGUGUGUAGUGGGUUGGAAGAGAGCCUAAAGCCCAUCCAUUUCCAACCCCAACACCUCCCACUGGAUCAGGGGCUCCAAGCCCCAUCCAACCUGGCCUGGAACAUCUCCAGGGAUGGCGUAGCCGCCACUGCUCUGGGCAACCAGGGCCCACUGCCCUCACUGUGAAGAAUUUCUUCCUAAUGUCUAAUCUAAAUCUUCCCCCUUCCAAUUUAAAGCCAUUCCCACUUAUCACUCAGAGUUCUUAUAAAAAGCCCCUCCCCAGCUUUCCCGGAGCCCCUUUCAGCAUGGGAAGCUGCUCUAAGGUCUCCCUGGAGCCUUCUCUUCUCCAGGCUGAACAACCCAACUCUCUCAGGCUGUCCUCAGAGCAGAGGCUCUCCGAGGGGUGGGCUGUUCUGUGGGUGCUGUGGGAGCAGGUCUGAGGACAAGAUGGUCGAUAAGAGGCUUCUCAGAUCAGACCGAUGUGCAUCUCUCCUUGGAGGAGCAUGCGGAGACUCUGGAGCUUCUCAGGAUGUGCAAAACAAGGAGAAAUUAUGCCUUUGUAAAUAGCCAGGAAUGGACGCUAAGCCGAUCUGUCCCAGAACUCAAAGUGGGGAUUGUGGGCAACCUGGCGAGUGGCAAAUCCGCCCUUGUGCACCGGUACCUGACGGGCACCUAUGUCCAGGAGGAGUCACCUGAAGAUAUGGAUGCAGGUGGGAGAUUCAAGAAGGAGAUAGUGGUGGAUGGACAGAGCUAUCUGCUGCUGAUCCGAGAUGAAGGAGGCCCUCCCGAGGCACAGUUUGCCAUGUGGGUGGAUGCUGUUAUAUUUGUCUUCAGCUUGGAAGAUGAAAUUAGCUUCCAGACGGUUUACCACUACUACAGCCGUAUGGCCAACUAUCGAAACACUAGUGAAAUUCCGAUGGUACUGGUGGGAACCCAGGAUGCUAUAAGUUCCAGUAAUCCCCGUGUCAUAGACGAUGCCAGAGCGAGGAAGCUGUCGAAUGAUCUCAAGAGAUGCACUUACUACGAAACCUGCGCUACUUACGGACUCAAUGUGGAGAGAGUCUUCCAAGACGUUGCGCAGAAGAUCGUUGCAACAAGGAAGAAGCAGCAGCUCUCGAUUGGACCCUGCAAAUCUCUACCAAACUCUCCGAGCCACUCCUCCGUGUGUUCUGCCCAGGUUUCUGCUGUACAUAUCAGCCAGACCAGUAAUGGAGGAGGGAGUUUAAGUGAUUAUUCCUCCUCUGUCCCAUCAACUCCAAGCACCAGCCAGAAGGAGCUACGGAUUGAUGUUCCUCCCACUGCCAACACACCAACUCCUGUCCGUAAACAGUCCAAGCGCCGAUCCAACCUCUUCACGUCUCGGAAAGGGAGUGACCCAGACAAAGAGAAGAAGGUCCUGGAGAGCAGAACAGAUAGCAUUGGAAGCGGCCGCGCAAUCCCAAUUAAACAGGGGAUGCUGCUAAAGCGAAGUGGCAAGUCGCUGAAUAAAGAGUGGAAGAAGAAGUACGUGACGUUGUGCGACAACGGUGUGCUGACCUACCAUCCUAGUUUACACGACUAUAUGCAGAACGUUCACGGGAAGGAAAUCGACUUACUGAGAACCACUGUGAAAGUCCCCGGGAAGAGGCCACCCCGAGCUACGUCAGCCUGUGCACCCAUUUCCAGUCCCAAAACAAACGGCCUCUCCAAGGACAUGAGCAGCUUACACAUCUCGCCGAAUUCAGGGAACGUGACUACUAGCACAUCUGUGUCUCAGAUGGCCAGUGGGAUCAGUCUAGUCUCCUUCAACAGCCGUCCGGAUGGUAUGCAUCAGCGCUCUUACUCGGUCUCCAGUGCAGAUCAGUGGAGUGAGGCAACAGUCAUUGCAAACUCUGGCAUUAGCAGUGAUACCGGAUUAGGAGAUUCCGUCUGUUCAAGCCCAAGUAUAUCCAGUACAACGAGCCCCAAACUCGAUCCACCUCCUUCACCUCACGCCAACAGAAAGAAGCACCGCAGGAAGAAAAGCACGAGCAAUUUCAAAGCUGAUGGUAUCUCGGGCACAGCUGAAGCCAAACGCAAAGCUUGGAAACUAAACCGUGUUGGUAGCCUGCGAAAUAUAUACAGCAGCAGCAGCACCAACACCGAAGAACAAGAAGAAAACUUUGAGUUUAUCAUUGUCUCUCUCACCGGCCAGACUUGGCACUUUGAAGCUACCACAUAUGAAGAAAGAGACGCGUGGGUUCAAGCCAUCGAGAGUCAGAUCUUGGCCAGUUUACAGUCAUGCGAGAGCAGCAAGAACAAGUCCCGCCUGACGAGUCAAAACGAAGCCAUGGCCCUUCAGUCCAUACGGAACAUCAGAGGCAAUUCCCACUGCGUGGACUGCGAAGCACAGAACCCUGACUGGGCCAGCUUGAAUCUCGGAGCCCUCAUAUGUAUCGAAUGCUCAGGUAUCCACCGAAACCUUGGCACGCACCUCUCCCGGGUCCGCUCUCUCGACUUGGAUGACUGGCCGAUAGAGCUCAUCAAGGUGAUGUCUUCUAUCGGGAACGAGCUGGCAAACAGCGUCUGGGAGGAGAGCAGCCAGGGCCAUAUGAAACCUUCGUCAGACUCCACAAGGGAAGAAAAAGAGCGCUGGAUACGUGCAAAAUAUGAGCAGAAGCUCUUCCUUGCCCCGCUGCAGUGCCUGGAGCUUUCUUUGGGCCAGCAUCUCCUGAGGGCUACAGCCGAGGAGGACUUGCGGACCGUCAUCCUGCUCCUCGCCCACGGGACUCGGGAAGAGGUGAAUGAGACCUGCGGAGACGGUGAUGGGCGCACUGCCCUCCACUUGGCGUGCAGGAAAGGAAACGUGGUGUUAGUGCAGCUCUUGAUUUGGUACGGUGUCGAUGUGAUGGCACGCGAUGCCCAUGGGAACACGGCGUUGGCCUACGCCCGUCAGGCCCCCAGCCAGGAGUGCAUUGACGUUCUCCUGCAGUACGGCUGCCCUGAUGAGCGCUUUGUCCUCAUGGCCACUCCAAACUUGUCCAGGAAGAACAAUAACCGGAACAACAGCAGUGGAAGGAUGCCCACCAUCAUCUGAGGAGCUCACUCGUGUAGUCGCUGACCUGAAUUACAUCCGCAGCCUCAUAUUCCUCCAUCCCCAUCACAGCUCUGCUCUGUGAGUCUGGUAACUCUCCUUUUCCCUUUUCCCUUCGGUACAUCCCUUUCCCAUCCGGAAACGGCACGAGGGGAUGAGAAGGAGCAAAAGGGGCUGCAGAGAAAGCAGUUGUUUCAAUGACAGCUCUCGAAUGAUGGAAACAAGCGGGCAAGAGCGCGUGGGUUGAGCAGGACACGCCGCGCGUGGCACCGGGACCAUGGGAGAGCGGUCGUCCCUGGGUGGGGGGGACACGCCGGCUCCCCGAGCGUGGAGGGAAGGGGCGGAGGGAGAGGCGAGCGAGAGGAGAAGGAAGGAGAGAUGGUGACUUUCCGUAACUGACAGUUAAGCACAUCAGUACAUUUCACCUCUACCAAACGCGACGCCUGGAUUUCAUUCUCUUCUCUGAAGAGCUUGACGGCAUAAAUCAGAAGCAAGCACAGAGUUUGUCAGGUUUGAAGCUCCUAUGAUGGUAUGUGUCAAAUCAGUUGUAGCUAAUCUGUCCGGGGAGAAUACUGGCUUCAUUACACUUGUAUAGUUGAGUUCUUCCAGCAUUACCGCUGUUUAAUAGAACAUGAUUAGUCAUCACGGAGAAAAAAGCAUAUUAGCUGAGGAGGUAGUUACAUGGCACGCUUCGGUGAUUGCUUGGAUGUGAUUGCAAUAUUCUUAGAAGCAUCAUAUUAUCUCAGACAUGUUCUUUCAAGCCCUUGGAGCCCUCCUUUCUAAAUUCACUGUCAUAAUUUAGUAUCUGUUUAAUUUUUCAGUCCAAAGAGAGGAAAUGAGUUGCUGAGUGUUAUUUGACUGCAGUCUCCUUGGUGUAAAAACAAAAUGGAAAAAAUAAAUAA